AACUGUCACAUUUCCAACUGUCAUAUAGCGAUUUUUCUUGGACUUCGGCUGUAUCGGCGAGUGCAUUAGCGUUUUUUUUCGCAAAUUUUUUCGAUUUUCCACAAGUAAAAAAUACAAAAAACACAUCAGCAAAAUGACCAACGCAUGGAGAGCAGCUGGACUUACCUACAUCCAAUACUCCAACAUCUGCGCUCGUGUUGUGCGACAAGCGCUGAAGGCCAAUUUGCGAACCGAUGCUGCUAAGCGCAAUGAGACCCAUGUGAGGUUCACUCCUUGGGUCGAUGGAAAACCAGCACGGCGCGCGGUUGAAGAAGCCUAAGAAGGCUCUACUUACGGAACACUAUCGCAUUUAGUCGCAAAACCCAACAACACCACGGUUUAUUUACUUCAUUUGUAGUACUGGAAUUUUCGAUUCUGCAUUCGAACGAAAAAUUAUAAAUAAAAACAUCUUAAGAUAAACAUAAAAA